GGAAAACUCUCGCGCGGAACGGAGGAAGGAAAGCGCGAAGACGAGCAUUUCGGAAGGUACGAUUUUCUUCUUUCUCGCCAUGGAAGAGAGCACGGAAUGGAGUGUUUGUGCCCGAGAUAUGUGUCUGUAGUAGUGAAUUGAUAUGUUUUAAGCCUAAUCGCCGGCAGAGUUUGAUUGGCGAAUACUUUCUCGCACUUUCUCUCGGGCCAAACAGAACUUUACGGAGAUGAAACUUUGAAUCUCUGCGUCUAGAUAUUGUGAGGGAACUCUUUACGGUGGUACUGGAUUUACAGAUUGGCGGGAUUGUUGUGUUUGAUGAUUUAGUUGUUCCUGGAAUUGGAUUUGCGUGCGUGACUCUAGGUUCAGGUCGUUUUUCAUGAGGAAGAAGAAGAUGAAAUGUGAAUCAACUGUCCGGUGUGCUAUUCAUCUCUGGAAAAUGACGGGAAGCAAAGGACGUGUCAGAUGGAAUGAAGACAAUUUAGGGGAGAUUGAAGCAAAUAAGCCUGUGAGGCAAAAAAUUACUGAACCGAAGACACCAUAUCACCGCAUGAUUGAUGAUGAUGUGGAUACAGGUUCUCUAUCUCCUACUAAGGAUAGCCUUGAUGAGCCCGUUGAUGAUGUUAUGCAUGCUGAAGAAUUGAGAACAGCAUUACACACUGUGGCUUCUUCGUCAAGUGGAAACUCGAGCAGGCGAUCUACUGGCUGGACAUCAUCUGAGGAUGAAGGCGACCUUAUGGAACAAGAUGAUGAAGAUAGUGAAACGGAUAGGAAAGCAUAUUUCAGGGAGCUCAGAAGAGCUCAUUAUGACGAGUUCCGGAAAGUGAAAGAACUCCGACGCAAGGGCUCGUUCUUGGAAGACGAGGAGGCAGAAGAAAAUGGACACGUCAAGCCGAAGGAGAACAAUGGAGGAUGCUCAAAUUCGACAUCAGCAGUAACCGCCGGUGUGAGAGACAUCGACAUCCAAGAAGAUGCUACUGCUUCAACUUCAUCUCAUCCCGCUGCAAAUGGAUCAUCUUAGAAAGCCUCCCCCACUUCGUGAGCCAAUCUCACGCCAUCUUUAAACUACUGACUCUGUUCUAGCUCAUCAAUUUUCCCCAUGUACUUCCACUGCAAUUUUUAAUGCCAGAAUCUUUGUAUGUUUACCAUUCACUUUACUUCUGUAAAUAGCUCUCACUUUCACCUCAUCUGAAGCUACUGCUGCCUGCUUCUAUUUCUGCACUUAAUUUCUACAGCAUUUUACUUGUUUUCUUCCUUCCUCUAUCUAAAUUGAUCCUCUUCAGCCUAAGUGUUAACGAGACGUGACGUGGCAUCUUCCAAUUGGAUGCCUCGCUAAAAGGAUAUUAUAUAACACCUUAGUCAUUUUCCACCAGAAGAGAUA